AUGUUAAAUAAGUAUAAUAUCAUAAUCGUUUUUAAAGGAAAUUGUGUUCCUGCUCAGAUCCCUAAUAGUUCUAGUAUCAGGACAGCAAAAUGUAGAGCAUUAAGAAAAGAAAGACUGCAUACUGAUCCUAUAAUUGCAGCUCUUUCCAUUAUGAAACGGAAUACUAUACAUGGAAAUACAAUUCGUGACAAUGGAUAUGACCACUUUUUUGUCCAUUUUUGGAGUAACCUUCAGUUACAAAUUUAUAAAGAAUGUUAUUUAAAAUCCAAAAUCCAGUGUAUGCAAUUUGGUGGAUGCUGCAGGAAAAUCAAAAGAUUAGAACAACACCAAAACAGUAGCUUAUUCCUGUAUGAAGGUGUUCCGGAAAUAGAGAAUAAAACAUUUACAGCAUUAUCUAUGGUCUAA